CAGCGCACAAGGUUCCCUUUGCCAAGAUGGCGGACGACAGUGAGACAGCAGUGAGGCGGCCGUCAGGGGAGGAGAACGACCACCAGCACUGCAGCGACUGCGAGAACGAGGAGGAGCACAAUUACAACCGAGGUGGCUUAAGUCCAACAGAUGAUAGCGGAGGUAAAAAGAAGAAAAAGAAACAGAAACGGAAGAAGGAAAAAGGGGAUCAACUUGAUUCAACUCAAGAUCAGUCAGCAAAGGUGAAUUCAUUGCCACCUGAAAGGAUGCAUGAGAUUCAAAAGGCCAUUGAACUCUUCUCAAUAGGACAUGGACCUGCCAAAACAAUGGAAGAAGCCACCAAGCGCAGCUACCAGUUUUGGGACACACAACCAGUUCCCAAGUUAGGAGAAGUAGUGAACACUCACGGGCCUGUUGAACCAGACAAGGACAAUAUCCGCCAGGAGCCCUAUACCUUGCCUCAGGGUUUCAUGUGGGAUGCUCUGGACUUGGGGGAUCGAGGUGUGCUCAAAGAGCUGUACACUCUCCUGAAUGAGAACUACGUGGAAGAUGAUGACAACAUGUUCCGGUUUGAUUACUCACCAGAGUUCCUGCUAUGGGCUUUGCGUCCCCCAGGCUGGCUUCCCCAGUGGCAUUGUGGUGUGAGGGUCAUCACAAGCAAAAAGUUGGUUGGCUUCAUCAGUGCUAUUCCAGCUACUAUCCACAUAUAUGAUAUGGAGAAGAAGAUGGUAGAAAUAAACUUUCUCUGUGUGCACAAAAAACUGCGUUCCAAGCGUGUGGCCCCUGUUCUGAUUCGAGAAAUCACCCGACGGGUCCACUUGGAAGGAAUUUUCCAAGCUGUGUACACUGCUGGGGUAGUGCUGCCAAAACCUGUUGGAACCUGCAGGUACUGGCAUCGGUCCCUGAAUCCACGCAAGCUGAUAGAAGUAAAGUUUUCUCACCUGAGCAGGAACAUGACUAUGCAACGCACCAUGAAGCUCUAUCGGCUUCCAGAGACUCCAAAGACCCCAGGGCUGCGGCCAAUGGAGUACAAAGACAUCCCUGCUGUGCACAGACUUUUGGAUGAGUAUUUGAAGCAAUUCCACUUGACUCCUGUCAUGAAUCUGGAUGAAGUGGAGCACUGGUUUUUGCCCCAGCCCAGCAUCAUUGACACAUUUGUGGUGGAGAAUGCUGAUGGGGAGGUGACAGACUUCUUGAGUUUUUAUACCCUGCCUUCCACAAUUAUGAAUCAUCCUACCCACAAGAGCUUGAAAGCAGCCUACUCCUUCUACAACGUCCACACCAAGACACCACUUCUUGACCUUAUGAAUGAUGCCCUUAUACUGGCCAAGAUGAAGGGCUUUGAUGUUUUCAAUGCCCUGGAUCUCAUGGAGAAUAAAACCUUCCUAGAAAAGCUGAAGUUUGGGAUUGGAGAUGGAAACUUGCAAUAUUAUCUCUACAAUUGGAAAUGCCCCAGCAUGGGACCAGAGAAAGUUGGCCUGGUGCUGCAGUAAUCAAGAGUCUCUGGAGAAGACAGGCAGAGUUGCUGAAGAGUUGGGUCAGCCUGGGAUGGCUAGUCCUUGUGGCUUCGAUUUCCAUGGAAGCGAGCCCCUCCCACAGAGCAGUUUGCGCCCAUUGCACUGGCCACAUGGACCUCCAUUGACACUUGAUUGUAUCGCGUGCCACUGAGUGCGCCAAUGUGUUGGCGUCAACACUUGGCCUCUUCUCCCUCCCUCCCUCACCCCUCAUACAAACAUGAUCAAGGGAAUGUAACUGCUGAAAACAAGCUCACAAUUGGCAUAUAUUGGAGUUAACGGGUGAAUAAUAAUAAAAAUUAUAUUAUAUAUUCUAUAUUUUUAAAAUGUUUGCUGUUCACCUGAACUAGGAAUGGGCUGGGCCAUCAAGCUGCUUUGCUUUUUGUCUUAAAAAGCGCUAUUUUAAAAAUGCUCAGAUUGUGCACACACAUGCAUACCCCAAAGAAACAGAUGGGACUGUUGGUGGCAAGAUUGUGGUGUCUCGUAUUCCAUCAUUAUAUCGGGUGCUUUUUUAUGCUCCAAAAGACACAGCUCCACUCCAUUGUUGGGUUUCUCGGAUGGUCUUGGUCCUGUUUUCUGUCUUGUGCAUGAAGCAAACAGCUAACAUGCUGCGAUCCCAUGUUCAAAUCCAUUUCUCGCAGAAAGAAAUCAAAGGGCUAUUUUAAUGACUGCUGGGGUUCACCAGUUUGGAACAAUGGGAUGAUAUAUUUUGUCAACUCAUCUCUCCAUUCCUAGAUUUGCACUAAUACUUCUGUAGUGCAAUACUUGAAUUACCAAACUUAACAGGCCGUGCCUUUUGGCUCCUAACAUCCAUAUAGGACAUUCCUUGCUCUGUAGGGUGAGUUUUGAAAUUUAUAUCCAGGAGAUGAGUGUUGUCUGGGGGCUUUCAGUGUCGUGAACUACAACUUCACCCUCUUGGUUUCUGAUCUAUUCCUCUUGUGUUUUUCCAGUGACAGAAUCAAAAGUAUUAAUGAUUUUGUCAAGGUUUCUGAGCUGCUCUGUCUCCUUUUUGUUCAAAUUAACCAGCAGUCCUUUUGGGGGUCUGCUUGUGUCAUUUCUGUCCUUGAAAAUGAAAUUGUGUGCUUCCUUUUUCCUUCAGUAAAAAUCUGAUGUGAUGAGAAAAUG